AUGGUUGAAUUUAAACAAGGUGCUGAACAACGACAAGGGCGUUUGAAUGAGGACGCGAAUGGACUGAUAUCACCGCAGUUGCAACAUACAUCGCCGCAGCUGCUGCCGCCAUUGCUUUUGAGAAGUACACCUACAAAGAAGAUUAAUAAGAUAACGUUUUCGGAACAUGGAUUCAGUAUAGGUGAUACUAGAAGAAUUCGAGAAGAGAGUCCUUCAAAUAGAAUUACAACCCAGCAUUGGAAACUGCAACAGCAGCAGCAGUUUCUUAAAUGUAAGCUUUGUGACAAACAGUUGAAUGUCAAGAAUGGAAUAGUCAAUUGUCGAAAAUGUGGAGAUUUAUAUUGUAAUGAGCAUACCCAUUUUCAAGUCAAACUACGUAAUCCUGUGAAAGGCGAAGUUUACCCACAAUUCGACUCAUCUAAUCAAGGAGUUUGGUCAAGGUGUUGCCAAACUUGUUUCACGGAAAGACGGCACACGGAGGUGAAUUUUGUAGACAUCACGAAUCAGUUGGUUACCAAGAGAAGAGAACAAAAUGAUCAAAAACAAUUGCACAGAACGAAAAUCCAACGCAAUUUCAUCAAAUUAACAAACCUCAUGGUAGAAAAGAGUCAAAAUAAACAAGGAUCUCUUUUCUCGAGAUUUUAUACAUUUGUUGAUGUUGAUGAUGAUGAAAAGAAUAUUAUUGGAGUCAAUAAUUGGAUCCCCGAUUCUGAUGCAACAAACUGUACAAUAUGCUUUACCAAGUUCAAUAUUUUGAUUAGAAAGCACCAUUGUCGGCUUUGUGGGGAAGUGGUUUGUGACGAUUCGUAUGGGGUAAGGAAGAAAUGUUCAAUGUUUAUUCCACUUGUAUUUGUCAUCAAAAAAUUGCCAAACUUAAAUUAUUCAAAGCUAGUUCGUACACAUUGGGAUAAUAUCGACGAAAAACUACGAUUUCGAUGUUGCAUUAAUUGUUACAAUUCUAUAUUGUAUACAUGGAAGAGAGAUCAUCAUGGAAAUGGAGUCCAUGAAGCAGAAGAUGUGAUUUUAGCUAGCUAUGAAAGUAUGCUUUUGCAGAAACAGCUUAUUGAGACGAUGAUGAGUCUUUACGAAACAGGCAACAAUACUCCCGAGAACAAUGCGAAAAUCGGACAUAAACUAACAACAUACUUGAAGCAUUUUGAAAAUUCAAUUUUGCAAUUCAAAAGCAAUUUUUUUUACAAAAAUAAAGAUCACGAAAAGAUAUUUGUACGACAUCAGUACCAGUCACUGGAGAGAAUACUUUUAAAUAUAUACCAAAGUGUUGUCACUUUUCUCCAAGAAAACUUGAUCAAGUUUAAAGCCAUAAAUGAAAAAAACCAACCCAAUGUAGAAGAAGUUACGCUCAAAGUGGAAUCACCUGCUGUUCCGACGACGAGCUUGACAAAGAAACAAAUAAGAGAGUUACGAGAGCAAUUGAUGGUAUUAAAUGAACAGAAGUUUCUCGUGGAAAAUCAGAUUCUUGAAUUUACCAAAAAUAGGAAAUUUGAUGAACUAAAUACAUUGGUGAGCAACAAAAAUGAAAUCUUGGAGACGAUCAAGAAGUUAGAGGAAGAGUUGGGUGAAUAUGGAUUUUAA